UAAAGAUAAAUAAAUAUGUAAUAAAUAUUGAAUACAUGGCCUUCAGAUGAGUUGGAGUUUGUGAUCAAAUUUGGCAAACAUUUCAUAAAUAAAUAGCUCUUUAUUAUAACUGUUUUAACUGGAUUACUGUAUAACCCGUGUAUCGCUUUAACAAAAUGCCAAUUGAGUUGUACUACAGCCGAUUCAGUGGGCCGUCCCGUGCCGUCCAUAUGACUGCCCGUCACCUCAACAUUGAGAUCGACAUUAAAGCCAUGGAUUUGAGUGAAGGCGAGCACUUGAAACCAGACUUCAUUCAGCUAAACCCGGCGCAUACCGUUCCCACAAUCAACGACAAUGGCUUUGUCUUAUGGGAGAGUCGGGCUAUUAUGCAGUACUUAUGCAACCGAUACGCACCGGACAGUCAGCUCUACCCCAGAGACCCCAAGAAGAGAGCACUGGUCGACCGGUGGCUUAAUUAUGACAUGAAUUUGUCCAAUACUUUGGGAGAAUUCUUCUUUACAAAAGUGUUUCUCGGAGUGGAUCCGCCUCAAGACAAAGUGGAUGCCGUCAACAAUAUCAUCAAAAUUAUCGAUACAGUUAUCGGUGACAACAAAUAUCUGACGGGGGAUGAGCUGACCAUCGCUGACCUGUCAUUACUGGCCGGCACUAUAUAUAUAGAGUGGGCUCAGUAUGAUUUGAGUGAAUACCCAAACUAUCAGAGAUGGUAUUCCUAUCUGAAGACAGAUUUGGCAUAUUUUGCUGAAAUCAAUGAGUUCUCAGAGGAGGAGAAGCACCAAAUGGUGGACAAAGUGAGGGCCAAAUUUGCCGCAAAGGCUCAACAUGUGCCCUCACGUGCGGCACAAAUGGUGGCCAGACAUCUAAAUAUUGACAUUAAUUUUAAGGAAGUGGAUUUAGCAACCAAACAACAAUUAAAUCCUGACUUUCUACAACUAAACCUUGUGCAUACCGUCCCCACAAUCAACGACAAUGGCUUUGUCUUAUGGGAGAGUCGGGCUAUUAUGCAAUACCUGUGCAAUCAAUAUGCACCGGACAGUCAGCUCUAUCCUAAGGACCCUAAGCAAAGAGCACUUGUCGAUCGAUUUUUGAAUUUCGAUAUCAGCUAUAGUUUGUCACAAAAAAGUGUCUUGGGGGUUAAAGUGUUCGCUGGAGUGGAUCCGCCCGCAGAUAAAGGGGUUAAAGUGUUCGCUGGAGUGGAUCCGCCCGCAGAUAAAGUGAUUGCUUAUGAAAACAACUUAAAACUUGUGGACACAUUGAUCGGUGACAACCCAUACGUGACGGGAGAUGUGUUGACAAUCGCUGACCUCUCACUCCUGGCUUCGGCCACUUUCAUAGAGAUGGCUGACUAUCACAUCAAUGGUUAUCCCAAUUAUAAGCGAUGUCGAUAUAGCGGACCAUCCCGUGCCGUAUUGAUGACCGCACGACAACUUAAUAUCCCCGUAAACCUCAAACCCAUUAACUUGUUUGAAGGUGAACAAAUGAAACCCGAAUUUAUCAAGGUGAACCCGGCACAUACCGUUCCCACCAUCGAUGACAAUGGAUUCUCAUUGUGGGAAAGUCGAGCCAUUAUGCAGUAUCUGUGUAACCAAUACGCACCGGACAGUCAGCUCUACCCUCGAGACCCUAAAAAGCGAGCUCUGGUCGACCGGUCCCUCAUACUAUCACAUCAAUGGUUAUCCCAAUUAUAAGCGAUGGUAU